UGCCGACGCCGAGCAUCAAUGGUGGGGAUUUUAAAAGGUUAAAAAAGAAAAAGAACGGGGCCGCUGGGGCCGGAAAGGGGCGAAGUACGCGGAAUACAUACGAAUACACACCAAGUGGAUUAUCAUGUAUUGUUGAAAGCAAAUACAUUUCAUGGUAUCCGCGUAUUCACCGCAUUUUGUUCGGACAAACCCGAGCAUACAACCCACCUCCUUUUCCCACUGAUCCAUCUCGGGUGUCGGUGACGUGACAACCCGGAGCGGACUCAGCAGUCUCCGCCACUGCCACGCAUGGAUGAUGGCCAACACCAAACGCAAAGCACACCACAAGAGCCGCAUGGGCUGCAAGAACUGCAAGGCUCGGAAAAUCAAGUGUGACGAGAAGAAGCCAUCAUGCUCGAAUUGCACCCGGCGCCAGGUAGACUGCGACUUCUGCACAGUCGGAACACCUCAGCCGGGUGUCUCUCCCACAGGCCUGAAUAUUGCCGACUUGGAACUGCUGCAUAACUACACGACCACCACUUACUUGACUCUGUCAGAAAGCCCAGUCAUCAGGGAAUUUUACCGAAAUACGGUGGUGCAGGUGGGAUUCGACUGUGACUACAUCAUGCGAGGCGUAUUGGCUCUGUCGGGUCUUCACCUCGCUCACCACCGCCAACCCAUGCGCGACCACUACCUCGCCGCGGCCAUCCGCCACCACCAGGCCGCAUCACAAACCGCCAUUCCCCUCGUGCUGGAUGCAACACCCAAGACCGCGCAGACGCUGUUCCUAUUUUCGGCCCUGACAACUUACUACGCGCUAGGCUGGCCGCGCAAAUCCGAGGACACGCUGCUCCUGCAGGAGAACGCGGGCUUCCCAGACUGGGUGUACCUGCUACGCGGCACCAAAGGCCUGAUCGAGCGCUUCGUGCUGCGCGAGGGGCCCGAGGCGGCCAGCUCGUCCGCGCACGCGGCGCUGGCCGAGCUGGAGGAGGCCAUAGCGGGACGGCCGCUGGACGACGAGGCGCUGCGCGGUGUUUAUUUGAUGGCUAUCGCCGAGCUGAGGAGGUCGUUCGGCCAGGCCGAGGCGUGCGCGGCGCACUACGAGAUGGCGGAUGCUUUCAUCUGGGUGUUUUUGGUGGCGGAGGAUUUGCUGCCGCUGUUGAGGACGUCGACGCAGGAGGCUGUGGCUAUCUUUGCCUUUUUUUGUGUGUUGCUGAAGAAACUGGACGGCCACUGGUGGAUGCAGGGUUGGGGCGGGCAUCUCAUUGCCCAUGCGUAUGACCUGCUGGACGACGAGGGCCGGCUUUGGAUUCACUGGGCCGUGGAGGAGAUUGGAUGGGUGCCACCGUCGGCCGCGGGGCGCUUGUGAGACGACGUCUAUGUUGUAUGUACAAGAGUGUACGGCUUCCAACGGGAUGCCAGUAUGAUUGUAAUCUAUAUUGCCCACCACACCUUUCCACGCAUUACAUUGAACUACUGCACUACUGUAAUUGUGUAUACGAAAAGUAAACCACCCCCCGCCUCCUUUCUGAGUCUCACACAUUCCUUCUCACUCCCUUACUCACUUCCUCGACUGCACAAUGGUGACCUUCGAACCGCCCUCAACCCUUAUGAUCGUGCUGU